AUGAGUUAUUCAGAAAAACAUAAAAGAAACACUUCUCCCAUUUUACGUACUACAAGUGAAGACAGAAUUAAAUAAAAUUCAUCAAAAGAAAGUAAUAUUCUAUGUUUGGAGUAAUAAAUAGAAAAAGUAUAAAAUCGUUUAUGAUUAGAUUUAACAGUAAUUAAACAAAAAAUAUGAAGAUAGAAUAAGAUUUGUUGAAGAAACUAUUUAAGAACAUGAGGAGAAAUUUGAAAAUUUCAUUAAAUUAAUUAUGUUACUCUAACACUUUGCUACAACAUAAGAACAAGAAAAUAAAAAUAUUAGAAAUCAUAUUAAUAUAUCAAUGGAAUAAUUAUAUAAUGAAUAACUUAAUUAGUUAAAGGAAUAAUAUUUAAAUAUUGAAUAAUAGGUUUCAUUAAUCUAGAAAUCUCUUUCCAAAGAAUAACCUUAAAUUUAAGAGUUUGAAACUAUUAUUAAUAAAAAAAUUGAUGUAAUUAUGGAUGAGGUUAGAUAAAGUGCUUUAAAAACAGAUUAUUAAAAAAUUGAAUAGAAAUUAUAAAAAUUAGAAUUGAAUUUUAAAUAAGAAUCAUAUUAAAAGAGUAAUGAUUCUGAAAGAAUUUUAAAUAACAGUUAAGUAUAUCAAAAUUAAUUAAAUGAUCUAAAAAUUGUUUUAGAUAGUGUAAUAUAAGAUUAAGAAUAAACUAAAAUUUAUAUUAAAUAAAUAGAGCGUGACUUGAAUUCAACUAAAUUAAAAGAAAAAUAAUCUUAAUUAAGAUCCUCUGUUACAAAAGAAUCUUAGCAUACAGAAAGUGAUGUAAGACCUAUUAGAGAUUUUAAAGAAAAUGUGAAAAAUAAGGAAAAUAAAAGAAAUAAGAGUAAAUCAAGUCAAAGUAGAAGUGAAUCUAGGAAUGCUAGAUUAGAAACAAUUAAGAAAAAAAAAUAAGAAAGUGUCAAAGAAUUAAUUAAAAAACAUAAAUAAUAAUCAAGUAAAUAAUAUUGA